AUGGAUGUAGAUGCAUGGAAGACAGGCGAUCGUCAGCGGACACUAAGCCGAGGUGAAGCGAGAGGACUGAUGCCCAUGUACGACUAUGAACCAUCACUAUCGAUGGACCUUGAUGACCAUGUAUCCAGUACCGAGGGUGGAAGUAUGAUUUUUUUCCCGGAUACUCCGAACUCCAUACCAAUCAAACGUGAUCAAGAGGAUCAAUCGGCCGAAGAGCUUGUCGCUUUUGAUGGCAUUGUAGAGAUCCAUAACAAUCAAGAAGAUGAUGGAGUGAUCCAUAACAAUCAAGAAAAUGAUGAAGAGAUCCAUAAGGAUCAAGAUGAUGAUGAAGUGAUCCAUAAUGAUCAAGAAGAGGAGAAUGACAUGUCUUCAGAGGCACGAGCGUUGCUGCCUGCACCCAACUCGUGCCCUCGUUCAGGAAUAAAUUUGCGUGGCAGGCAAUCGCCAACGUGUGACAGCAGUACGUCACAAACGUCAUCAUUACGCCGCACACAGUCUUUCGACGAAACUCCCCAUCAAUCAAGCCUGGAAGAUUAUCUAUGUACGUGCAAGUAUUGUCCUCGAGCUUUAACAAUCCAACGUGCCUUUCAACUCUAUGGAUUUGCAUUGGAUCAUCCACAUAGCGAGGCAUUGCUUCGUGUAUUGCGUGCCUGUGCUAACUACGAUGAGACAAUUGUUGAAGUCGACCCAAUCUUAGUGCUACAUGCUGAGAAAAUGCUGGAAGAGCUCAAUCUUGACGAGAAUGAGACGUUUCGACUUCUUGUGGCUUCGCAUUUCAAACGCCUGUAG